AUGGAUAACCUCAUAACGAUUGUAAACAAGCUGCAAGAUGCGUUCACAUCGCUGGGCGUCCAUAUGCAAUUGGAUCUGCCGCAAAUCGCAGUGGUCGGCGGCCAAUCAGCUGGCAAGAGUUCUGUUUUGGAGAACUUCGUUGGCAAAGAUUUCUUGCCUCGUGGCUCUGGUAUCGUGACACGCAGACCCCUUAUAUUGCAGUUGAUCAAUGGAGUUACCGAAUAUGGCGAGUUCCUUCACAUUAAAGGCAAAAAGUUCUCAAGCUUUGAUGAGAUCAGAAAAGAAAUCGAAGAUGAGACGGAUCGUGUGACCGGUAGUAACAAAGGCAUUUCAAACAUUCCAAUUAAUUUGCGCGUCUACUCGCCCCAUGUACUCAAUCUAACUCUGAUUGAUUUGCCUGGCCUAACGAAAGUGGCAAUUGGCGAUCAGCCAGUGGAUAUUGAACAGCAAAUUAAGCAGAUGAUAUUCCAAUUUAUUCGCAAAGAGACUUGUUUAAUUCUGGCUGUGACACCGGCCAACACGGAUCUGGCCAACUCGGAUGCCCUCAAGCUGGCCAAGGAGGUGGAUCCGCAGGGUGUGCGCACCAUCGGCGUUAUCACAAAGCUGGAUCUUAUGGACGAGGGCACCGAUGCCCGGGACAUUCUUGAGAACAAGCUGCUUCCUCUGCGCCGUGGCUAUAUUGGCGUGGUGAACCGAUCGCAGAAGGAUAUCGAGGGACGCAAGGACAUCCACCAGGCGUUGGCGGCCGAGCGCAAGUUCUUCUUGAGCCAUCCCUCCUACCGUCACAUGGCCGACCGUCUCGGAACCCCCUACUUGCAGAGGGUACUCAACCAACAACUCACCAACCAUAUUAGGGACACGUUACCUGGCUUGCGAGACAAGUUGCAAAAGCAGAUGCUUACACUGGAGAAGGAGGUUGAGGAGUUUAAGCACUUUCAGCCCGGCGAUGCCAGCAUCAAGACAAAAGCUAUGCUCCAAAUGAUUCAGCAGUUGCAAUCGGACUUUGAGCGGACAAUUGAAGGCAGCGGCUCAGCUUUGGUCAAUACAAAUGAGCUCUCAGGUGGAGCCAAGAUCAAUCGCAUUUUCCACGAACGUCUGCGAUUCGAGAUCGUUAAGAUGGCUUGUGAUGAAAAGGAACUGCGGCGAGAGAUCUCAUUCGCAAUUCGGAAUAUUCACGGUAUUCGCGUGGGUCUCUUCACUCCGGACAUGGCGUUCGAGGCAAUUGUGAAAAGGCAAAUAGCGCUGCUCAAGGAGCCGGUUAUAAAGUGUGUCGAUCUAGUCGUACAGGAACUUUCUGUGGUUGUGCGCAUGUGCACAGCUAAAAUGAGUCGAUACCCACGUUUGCGUGAGGAGACCGAACGUAUUAUCACAACACAUGUUCGCCAACGCGAACACAGCUGCAAGGAACAGAUUCUUCUGCUCAUUGACUUUGAGCUGGCCUACAUGAAUACCAACCAUGAGGACUUCAUUGGUUUCGCCAACGCUCAAAAUAAAUCUGAAAAUGCCAAUAAAACUGGUACUCGUCAGCUUGGCAACCAAGUUAUUCGUAAGGGUCACAUGGUCAUACAGAACCUUGGUAUCAUGAAAGGUGGAUCGCGUCCCUAUUGGUUUGUGUUGACCUCCGAGAGUAUCUCCUGGUAUAAGGACGAGGAUGAGAAGGAAAAGAAGUUUAUGCUGCCGUUGGAUGGUUUAAAAUUGCGUGAUAUUGAACAGGGAUUUAUGUCAAUGUCUAGACGUGUUACAUUUGCUUUAUUUAGUCCCGAUGGACGUAAUGUUUAUAAGGAUUACAAACAACUGGAGCUGUCGUGCGAAACCGUGGAAGAUGUGGAGUCGUGGAAGGCCUCCUUCCUGCGAGCUGGUGUCUAUCCCGAGAAGCAGGAGACUCAGGAGAAUGGCGAUGAGGAAGGACAAGAGCAAAAAUCGGCCAGCGAGGAGAGUUCCACCGAUCCACAGCUAGAACGGCAGGUCGAGACCAUCCGUAAUCUGGUUGACUCCUACAUGAAGAUCGUGACAAAGACCACGCGAGACAUGGUGCCCAAGGCAAUUAUGAUGCUGAUUAUAAACAAUGCCAAGGACUUUAUCAACGGAGAGCUUCUAGCACAUCUCUAUGCGUCUGGCGAUCAGUCCCAGAUGAUGGAAGAGUCGGCUGAGUCCGCUACACGACGAGAGGAGAUGCUGCGAAUGUACCGUGCUUGCAAAGACGCUUUGCAGAUCAUAGGCGACGUAUCCAUGGCAACUGUGUCCUCGCCCUUGCCUCCUCCAGUUAAAAAUGAUUGGCUACCAAGUGGUUUGGAUAACCCACGUCUUUCCCCUCCAAGCCCGGGUGGAGCCCGAGGUAAACCAGGACCUCCCGCACAGAGCUCCUUAGGUGGACGGAACCCACCAUUGCCACCAGCUACAGGCCGCCCAGCUCCAGCGAUUCCCAAUCGCCCAGGCGGUGGGGCACCACCACUACCCGGCGGUCGUCCCGGAGGAGCUCUGCCCCCACCAAUGUUACCAUCACGUCGUUAAAUUGUUGUCAGCAUCGAGAAACAUCUAUGGGGAUGAACUUCAGAAAGUAGCUUGCUGACGAUUUAACCAACACAAUACCCAAUUAUAGUAUACUUUCAACAAUUGUAAUUUGAUAUUAUUCCGGCAAAAUCCAAAAGCUAACAACGAUGGGAAAUCGAUACAUUUAAAUCGCUUGCGUAUUAUUGUAGUCAUAUAUAUAUAAUCUGAAAGCGUUAAAACUGAUAUAAAUUCUUAAUAUGUGAAAAGCAAAUAGUCGAGAUGCACAUGAUUUCUUUAAUUCCAUAAGAUGUUUUUCGUAAUGUCUACUUUCCUGUGUAGAUAUAAUAUACAUAUAUAUAUGUACAAAUGUAUGUGCAUUUGUUCGUGCAAGUCUAAUUAUUAUUAUUAUAAUUUGAUGUCCCCUUAUCAAUGGCAUACGCUCAAAAGUUUGUAAACUAUUUGUAUGGGCAGAUGCUUAGUGACGAUAUUAACCAAUGAUCUUAAUUAUAUAGCUAACUAUUAAUAAAUAGCUUUCGUUAACUGCAUUGUGUUGUUGUUGAUGUUAAACUAUAAAAAAAACCCAAUUAAAUUAGAAAAUGUUAGGUAAAGCAACGUUAAAAACAUUUCAAGUCAGUCACAAAGUAUUUCCUUGAACUUAAAAACAAAACUGAAAAAAACUAAUAAAAUAGAUAAAUACCCCUUCCAUUUAAUCGAAAAUGUAACUGCAAAUAUUGGAAUUAAAACAUAUUAAGUGCUUUCGUUUCUCUGAUCUCCAAUAUGCAUUCUUCCAUUUUUUUGUAAAUUAAAAAUGAGUUGGUUGAUACACAUUAACUAUUUGUUUGCCAUCGAGAUUCUGUUACUCUUUUUUUUAUGUAAUUUCUGUAAGAAAAACAUUGUAUUCCCCUAACGAUAAAAUGUAUCGAUUGUGGAAUUGCUAGGUGUCCCGUUUCCAAGAAACGAUUAAGUUAAUCGAUUAAAUUAACGCUUAUUUGUAUUGUCCAUUCCUUUUCAAUGAUUAAAAUCAGUUUGUAUUGUUAUCUAAUCAAACGUUUUUUGUGUAAUUCCAAUGAAAAUAUUUACAAAAUUAGCUGUGUAUUGAACAGCCAUUCAUUUGAGUGAUUUGUAUCGAUUCCCAAUAACAUAAAACUAUAUUAUUUAACAUAAUUUUAUAUGGCAAUAUCAAGUAUACUUUGGUUUUGACAUUAGAUCAGCGAUCGGGAUAUUCCAUACGUGUACCGAUCGCUGAAUUAGAUCGAUUUUUUGCCACCGCAGCUAUAAACUAAUAUACAUACGUGUUUCCAAUAUUUAUAUGUAAAAUGUAUUAUUUUUAAUGUUGAUUACAAAUAUAAGUCAUGAAAAUACUCUUGUGACUUACUCAAAUGGAUUGUGACGAUGGAAAUAUGCAGCAACUUAUAUUACAUAUGACCACUUUGCGUAUACACAAAUAAAGUGCAUAAA